CGCCGUGAACGGGGACGGUGAAGGCAGGCGCGCGUGGGAAGGAGCUUUCGCUCGCGCUGGUCUCCGACUCCCCCCGUUAACAUGGAACGCGAAGCGCCGCUUCACCACUGCAGCGCGUGAGAGCGCACGCUCCGACUCCGCAGCGGCCGCGUCCACGGACGGCGACGAACGCGUGCAUCCCGCACAAAUGCGCUCGAGCAGCGGACGCCUCGCUGGUGUUGCAGAGAAACAUUAAAAGUGUUCCGUUUUUGCUCCGAGUAGCUUCCUAGACCCCGUGUUGACGCGCAGGAUGGACUAAGAUGUACGCAUAAGGACCGGCAGGUUAGUGGGUUUGUGGGGAUAGAUGAUAGGAGAUACGAUGACACUGCUGUCUCUUCUGGGCAGGAUCAUGCGUUAUUUUUUGCUAAGACCAGAGACUUUGUUUCUGCUGUGCAUAAGCUUGGCUUUGUGGAGUUAUUUUUUCCACACGGACGAGGUGAAAACCAUCGUCAAGUCAAGCAGGGAUGCCGUGAAGAUGGUCAAGGGAAAAGUGGCGGAGAUCAUGCAGAACGACAAAUUCGCUGGUCUCGAUGUGCUGGAUGCGGAGUUCUCCAAAACCUGGGAGUUCAAGAGCAACAACGUGGCCGUGUAUUCCAUUCAGGGCCGCCGGGAGCACAUGGAGGACCGCUUCGAAGUCCUCACCGACGUGGUGAACAAGAGUCACCCAUCCAUAUUUGGGAUUUUUGACGGCCAUGGUGGAGAGGCGGCUGCAGAAUAUGCCAAAACCCACCUGCCGGAGGUUUUGAAGCAGCAGUUGCAGACCUAUGAGAAGGAGAAAGAGAACAGUCUCCUGUCCUACCAGACCAUCCUGGAGCAGCAGGUGCUCAGCGUGGACAGAGAGAUCCUGGAGAAACUGUCUGCCUCCUAUGAUGAAGCAGGAACAACGUGCCUGGUGGCACUAUUGUCUGAUAAGGAACUGACUGUGGCCAAUGUCGGGGACUCCAGGGGGGUGCUCUGUGAUAAAGAUGGUAAUGCCAUCCCCCUGUCACAUGACCACAAGCCAUACCAACUCAAGGAGCGCAAGAGGAUAAAGAAAGCAGGAGGAUUCAUCAGCUUUAAUGGCUCCUGGCGUGUGCAGGGUAUCCUGGCCAUGUCCCGCUCACUCGGCGACUACCCGCUGAAGAACCUCAACGUGCUCAUCCCCGACCCCGAUGUGCUGACCUUCGACCUAGACAAGCUGCAGCCGGAGUUCAUGAUCCUGGCUUCGGACGGGCUGUGGGACGCCUUCAGCAACGAGGAGGCGGUGCGCUUCAUCAAGGAGCGCCUCGGUGAGCCCCACUUCGGCGCCAAGAGCAUUGUCCUGCAGUCCUUCUACCGCGGUUGCCCUGACAACAUCACUGUCAUGGUGGUCAAGUUCAAAAAAAGUACCGCCAAAACAGGCGAGCAGUGAGGCUUCGGCCCAUCGUGAGAAAUAUGGUAUCGGAUUUUUUUUUAAAAAUUACAAAUUAAUGUAUGCAUAGAUUUAAGGUGCAAAAGGAAAAGCGUUUCAUGACUAUUUUUGCAGCAAGAACUGUUUCUUAUUAAACUAACAGCAAAUAGUAUACAACCAUUAUAGCCCUCAUUAUCCUACAUCAUUUUAAAUCUC